AUGAGUCUCACUGAAAGGUAUGACCCAUGGACAACCUUCUUCUACAACACCCGCGACGCAAACGAAGAGGCAGUCGGUCUGUGGAAGAAAACGCUACGUCACCGCGACCAGCCAAUCACGUUUGCAUGUGUAAACGUCCUUUGGAGAGUCUGGCUUGUGGGUGACUUCCGUAGCGGUAGUUUUGCUGACGAUAUGCACUCUAGGGUGAUGUUUAUUGUAGGAGAGGAUGAGAAUUCCUACGCGGACGACACCCGGGACGGCCGCUGGAGGAGUCGCGAGCGGGUACCGUCGGGCUCGAGGACGGGCCGGGAUGCCUCCACCAAAGAGUAUUGGAAGCGCGUCCGGUCGCUGUCCAGGGAGAACAAGCAGCGCCAAGAGGCUCGAGAGCGGCAUGCGAGAAGGCUUGAACUUGAGGAGCGCCGACGGAGGGAGCAGAUCCUUGCAGAGAGGAAGAAGGAACGGGAUACCCUGAUGAUGAAGUUCCUGCGCGAGCCCAUCCGCCAGCGACGCGCAGCUCAGGCCGCCGAGAAGGCUGCCUCCAAGCGGGUCAAACAGGAGAGCGACCAGGACAACGACGGAGGAGAAACGUCAGCAGCUAGUAGUGAAGGAAGGAUACACAGCAGUCAGUCAGUUCCUGAUCUGGAGGAGGCUCUGAGAAUUGUACGAGGGGAAGACCAGGCCCUGGAUGUCAGAGCUCAAGCAUUCAUGAGUCCUACCAAAAGAAGGCGGCCAGUAAAGGAGGAUGAGUCCCUUUGCAACAGGUACAUGCGCACUCAAACCCGUCCCUCCCGAGGCUACUCAGGUCCUCCACGCCGUCCCCCUGCGCCUCCAACCCGUCCUUUUCCCCCAGGUAGCACUGACGAUGUCAUCCGUGAGAAUCAAAAGCCCUAUCCUACUCGUCCGCCAGAGGAGCUCCUAGCCAGAACCCGCCAGUUGAGAGGGAAGGCAGCCAGGGAUGAGAAUGACAGCCUCAAGUUAGGUACAACAAAAGUUCUCAGCGACACCUUCUGCAUUGCCUCUGAAGGUCGGAGUGCAGAGAUGCUCCUGACGGAAUACAGACCUCCAGCUGACAGCCACAUUAUGGUGCUUCCGCGUCCAAGGUUAGAGCGACGUAGUUCCAUGCCGGAUCUACGGGAUUUUCGAUGUGUUAGUUCUGCCGUUGUUUACGAAACAAUUGCUACAUUAGGCCGUCUAGGGGAGGCACGAGGACUGCUUGUGGUGCCGCCGAGGGAAAAUGGCCCAGGCACCAUUUCCCAAGUUGCUGUUCCACCACCAGAUAUUCAGCUGGAAAACCAGAACGGCGAUAAAGCACAGACAACCCCACAACAAUGGGCUCGAAAGAUGAAUAAGUUUAUCCAUGAGGAAACCCAGGCAGUGUUACAAGCCAGCCCUCUUCUCGAAGGUCUCUCACCAAGUGGUCAAAGUGGAGCAACAAAGGGCCGACGAACACAACGGAAGGAAUGGAUAUCUAAGCAUACCUCUGUCAAAACUUUACAGAAGAAAAUUUUACCGAAAUCAGUGACAGAUUCCUCAUCUCAGACAGAUAUCAUUAGACCCAUUUCUGCUGUGCACCAUCGCCGUAACUCCAUUGGCAGUGAAGGUGCUGAAUCAGUGUAUUAUGACAGCUUGGAGGAGGAGGACAGCAGAAGUGCUAGUUAUAAGGCUGGCCACCAAGCCUUCUAUGUGCCAAUAACUAGUGAGGCAGAGGUGGCCAUCAACACUGGACCCACACUCCCUGCAAGACUGUCAGCCCGGUUGGAGGAGAGGCGAGCGUCCACAAGACGCCACUCAAAGUCCGGUUCCCUUGGGGUCAGCAGCCUUGCCCUCACUGGCAAGCGUGUCCAUCUCAUCGAUGAAGCAAAGAUGGCUCAAAUGAUUGCAAGUGGGGAAGAUACUAACGGUUUUGAAGUACCUGAAAGUUUGAUUGAAACCAAUGAUGAUAUAGGGGCAGAAAGUGAUUCAGACAUCUUAGACAGUCCAAAAGUGAAAAAUCUAAAGAAGGACACAUUAGUGUCUUGUUCCUCUGAGCAAGACACUGACACCUCACAGUCUGACAUUGUACAGCUUUCCUCAACAAAGAAUUUAUCACAGCCAAGAUCCUCACAAGAACCACCAAAAGGCAACGAUGACCAUGCAGCUCCAGAAACGUCAGAAAAUUCUCAGCAGCAUAUGACAGACACUUACACAUCAUUUUCUGAUCACUCCAACUCGGUCUCUUCUACUGAGCCCUUGGAAGAUAUGCAGGCAAAGAAGACUCCUGAGCAAAGUGCAGCUGAAUUGACUGUAGACAGGGUGAAUGGUGAGCAUUUUAGCAAUAGUGAACCAGACUUUAACAAUGAUCAUAAUGACAGUGGGAAAGAGACUGCUCCCGAAAGCACAGAACAAAAUGAAAACAUCAAGAUACAGGUGACCAAUGAAAAUGGUGAGGAUGUGGAUCCCAACACAGACAGUGAAGUGAAUUCGCCAGAUCUUCCAAAUGAUGAUACUAACAAUCCUAUUAGUGAGGAAAAACACACUUUAAAUGACAAUAAUCCUGACACAGAAAUCUCUGAUCAUUAUGAAUCAGAUACUUUCCAAUCAGGUUCGAUUGAAAACAGCAUCAAUGAAAACAUUUCUCCUGGAGAUGUGGAAAAUCUAAAUAACGCCUCUAUUCAAGAAUCUGUUGACCUUCUUAGUGCUAGCGACAGUAUAGAGGAAGUCAGUGAGAAUCUUGUAAGUGAGGCACUAGAUGACGAAGCCAUUCACUGCAGUAGCAAUGACAUCCAAGAAGACUCAAACAGUUCUUCAGUACAAGAACAAUAUGAAAUAAUAGGCUAUACUUCCAAUGGCAAGGAAGUGCUGCUGGAGAGUGGAUUCAUUGACUGUGAUGACCCAAGUUUGCUACCAGAACCUCUCAGCAUCAACUGCGAUGAGAUAUCUCCUACACUCAUUCAGACGAGUAGAGGCGAGAUGAGCGAUGUUGAAGCGGAUGAAGAACUAGCUAAAAAAGAUUUGAAUUUGCAGUUACAUAAUGAACCAGUUCAGCAGACAUAUGCUACCUAUACCCAAGAAAAAGAAGAGAAAGAAAGUGAAAUGGCAGAAGCAGAAACAAAUGAAAUUCCUGUUAAAAUUGACGAUGAAACAGACGUGCCAAAUAAGGACAUGACCAAUAUUUCUACAAAUGAGAGUGAACUUCAAGUAUCAAAUGAUACUCAAGAAGAUGAAAGUCAAUGCAUAAAUGAAAAUGGGAAUGACGUUAAUGGGGAAGAAACUAACAAGGAAAACCCAGGAAAUAUCUUAGACAAAAGUGAACCACUAGAAAAUGAGGCAGACAAUGAAGAGUUAAGCGAUGGUACAGAUUCCUGGGAUCGCGUGACUGUAGUGAGAGUAUCUUCAGGCAGCACAUCAGAGAGCAGGAAUGACACUCCAGAUCUUGAUAAUGAAGCCACAGACACCUUGCAGUCGUCUGGAGAGGAAGGAUCUAAAAGCAAUGACUGUCAGGAACCACCAUUAAGCCCUCAGGACCUUACAGCAGAAGUCUUUAAUGCAGAUACUAGUCUCUUGGAUGAAAUUUUCCGCAAUGUUAGUCCCCAUGAUGGUAACUGUUCACCUGUGGACGAGAGCAGCUCCGGCCUCUCGACCAUCGAGGAAGACGACGACGAGCACCUGGAAUAUGCCCAAGACGAUGAUGUAAACCCACUUCUGGAUGACACUGUGGUUGGGGAACAAUCUCCACCAACAGAAUUGAAGAUACAUGAGGAAGAAAACAGGAAUGCGUCUGUAGUGGAACUGCACAGGGAAGAGAAAGAUAAAAAUAUUUUAGUAGAAAAGGAGGAAGCAUUGCUCUUGAAAAAUGAAGAUGAAACAAGUGAAGUGGAGAGCAAAGAAGAUGCAAUCGAAAAUGAAGAAAAUAAUAGUUUUUGCGGAAAUGAAAUUAUGGUAGCACCUGAUGAUGAGACUCUGAAUGAUGAAGAAGAUAUUGUAACUGAUGUAGCAGAAAGUUCUCUACUAAUAGUAGAUACAGAAACCACAAAUGAAAUGGAGGCAACGGAAUCCAUGUUUGAAAUGGCAAAGGAAUAUCCUGAAGAAGAAAAUGUCGAUAUAUCUAAGGGAGAGGAUGUUAUCGUACUUGAUGAUUUUAAAGAAGUAAUUGCAAAGGAGAAGGAAGGGGAUAUAACAGACUUUGACGAAAAUGCCAGCAAUGCAACUGAUGAACUACAGGAUACAAGUGCUACUGAGGGAGAAGCAAAUAUAAAUAUGACUAAAGAGAAAGUAAAUGAGUACGAAGAUAAUACAAAUGAGACUGAAGAAAAGGCAGAUGUAACUAUGAUUGAAGAAGUAUCACGUAUAACCGAGACUGAUGAAAAAGCAGAUUUGUCCUUGGCUGAGGAGGAAGCAGACUUAAGUGUGGUAGAAGAUGAUCAAGAAACAUCUGUAGCUGAAGAAGAUGAAGAGAUAGUUGAAAAGGAAGAAGGUAUGGAUGAAACUGAGGAGAAGCCAGAGUUAAUCUUAGCUGAGGAAGAGCCGGACAUAAAUGUGGCUGAAGAAAAGGUAGAGAUAUCUUUAGCUGAAGAAGGGGAAGAAACUGAAGAAACGACUGAGAAAGAAGCAGAUAUAAAUAUGACUAAAGAGAAAGUAAAUGAGUACGAAGAUAAUACAAAUGAGACUGAAGAAAAGGCAGAUGUAACUAUGAUUGAAGAAGUAUCACGUAUAACCGAGACUGAUGAAAAAGCAGAUUUGUCCUUGGCUGAGGAGGAAGCAGACUUAAGUGUGGCAGAAGAUGAUCAAGAAACAUCUGUAGCUGAAGAAGAUGAAGAGAUACUUGAAAAAGAAGAAGGCAUGGAUGAAGCUGAGGAGAAGCCAGAGUUAAUCUUAGCUGAGGAAGAGCCGGACAUAAAUGUGGCUGAAGAAAAGGUAGAGAUAUCUUUAGCUGAAGAAGGGGAAGAAACUGAAGAAACGACUGAGAAAGAAGCAGAUAUAAAUGUUACUGAGGAAAGUGCCAAUGGACAGGUAGAUAUAAAUGUGAUUGAAGGAGGUCUAACUAAGACUGAGGAAAUAGAAGAAGUAACCGAAGACGAAACAAAUUUGAGUGCGGCAGAGGACCGAGCAGACACCGCUGUGGAAGAACCAGAUAUAAGUGUAGCAGAAGAAGAUUCUAUGUUCGAGGAAGCUGCUGAAGUAUCUAUGCUUGAGGAGAAAGUUGAUGAAGCUGAGGAGGAAUUAAAAGCUGAUGAAGAAGAAGUAGAAGAAACUGCGGUUGAAGAAACAGAAAUAACUAACACGGAAGAAGAUAUAACUGUGGCUGAAGCUGUGGUAAAUCUUGCUGGGGAAGAAGGAGAGGUUUCACAAGCAGAAAAAGAAGCUGAGGUAACUAUAAUGGAGGAAGUAACAGAACUUUCAGCAGUUGAGGACAUGACACAAGUAAAAGAAGUACUUGCACCUGAAAAAGAGGCAGAGUUGACAGUGGACGAGGAAAUAGCAAAUGUUCUUUUGAGUGAGGAAGGAGAAGAAGGAGGAAUUGAAGUAAACACUAACGGCAGAGAUUCCGAAGUAAAUGAUGCUGAAGAAGAAGUCGGAGAUACUCUGACAGAGCAGGAGGCAGAAGCUUCAGUGAUGGAGAAAGACACAGCAGACGUUUCUAUGGCUGAUGAAGAAGCAAAUGUUUUUAUGGAUGUGGAAGAGGAGGAAGAAUUAAUAACUAUGGCCGAUGAAGUAGCAGAUGAUUUUAUGAAAGGGGAAAAAGAAGAAGAGGAAAUAACUAUGGCCGAUGAAGUAGCGGAUGAUUUUAUGAAAGGAGGAAAAGAGGAAGAGGAAAUAAUUAUGGUCGAUGAAGUAGCUGAAGUUUUUAUGAAAGGGGAAAACGAGGAAGAGGAAAUAAGUGUAGGCACUGAAGUAGAUGUUUUUAUUACCGGAGAAAAAGAGGAAGAGGAAAUAACUGUAGCCGAUGAAGUAGAUGUUUUUACUGGCGGAGAAAAAGAGGAAGAGGAAAUAACUAUGACCGAGGAAGUAGACGAAGAAGAAAUGAAUUUAACUGUGGAUGAGGAAGGUACAGAUGCAAAUGUGGCUGAAGAGGAGGCAGAAAUGACUGUGGCCGAAGAAAGCCCCGCAAUCUUAAUUGAUGAAGUGGCAGAUGAAUUUGGAGAGCAGCCUGUCCUCAUAGCUGACGAAGGCGAGGAUGCUGCAAUUUUUGAAGAUGUCAGAGGAGAUACUGAAUGUGAAGAGAUUGUAGGAGAGAUAGAUCAAAAUUACAAAGGAAGUAAUAAUUGUUUAGAGGAAGGCACAGGAGUUUUAACGACGGACGGUGUAGAUCUUGACGAGACGAAGGAUAUAGAGGAUAUUGAUGAAGAAACUGUGAUUGAGGAUAUGCCAGAAUCUGUUUAUGAAGAAGAGAUUGAUAAAGACAAUUAUGACGAUACAUUUUGUUCUUCAACUGAUAGAAAAAUCACAGAUGGUACAGAGACGCAAAACCAUGAACUGGAUCCAGAUAAAGAUAUCGACGAAAGUCACAAUGAGACUAUCGGCGAUCUGCUAGAAAACGAUCAUGACCUAAGAGAUAGAGACGAAGCAUCCAUAGUGUCCCACCAUGACAGCGACGGGGGCGAGUCUCUGCUGAUGAGUGAUGCCACGCUGGACACAACGGAGCCAGAGACCAAGGCGGAGUAUGAGGAGAUUUUGGGCAGUGUGCUGGAAACGGAAAUCAAAGCAGAGUAUGAGGAGCUUAUAGGCAGUGAGAAGGAAACCAGUGACAUAGACACAUAUCAGGACAUGAUAGACAAAGUGGAAAACAGCAUAGAAGAGAAGGUAUACGUGAGUGAUAAGAAGGUAUCAAGAAAUUUCAAUUCAUUUUUAAUGAAAUCAGACACAGGCAGCGACAUAACGAAUCACACCAAAAUUAUGGAAAGUUGUGACAUACAGCAUGCACAAGCAACAUGGGAAAAUGACGAACUCAAUGAAGGAAAUUCUAGUGAUCACAACAGUACACUCCAAAAUCAUGACAACAAUGAUGGACUCUCUGACAACGAAGAUGCUGCAAGAGCUCAUGAUGGUGACGAAGAGGAGAUAAUUGGCAAUAAUUGGGCAGCAAACGUUAGCCAGGCAGGGGAGCAGAGUGAAUGUGAGGUAGGUUCGUUGAACGUUGAUAGACAGGCUGAAGCCUGUGUUGGUGCCCCUUCAAGUGCUUCCUCUGAUGCCUCUCCUCGGGAAAGGAGCGAAGGAGACCACGGGGAAGUUGUGGCUGCUGCCAACUCCCCCUCAUCAGAUUCAGGUGUUGUAGAGAUGGCAGGGAAGACUGCACACUCGCCUUCAGAUGCUUCUGUAGAGGAAGUGGUUGCUGAAGAUCACAAUCCUCGUGGCCGUGACGCUCAGGAUUCUUCCCGAAGUGAAGAAUCUGUUCGCAGUGCACCGCCCAAUCGAAGGACUUCCAGUAAGCAGGCCAAGGAUCGAGCCAACCGAAUCACCAGUGGGCGCCGACGCUCCUCUUCUGGCUGUGGUCGCGCUUCUCUGGAUGGUGGUGACGUCACGACCCUAAACGGCUGGACUACAUUCACAGCACCUGGAGAUGAUUCUGACAAUGAUGGUUCAAAGCCACGAAGACGUCACUGGGAAGCUCCUACGAGCGACAAUUUCCAAAAUCUGCCACCGCAAGUGGACAGUGAUGGGGCCUCCCUGAGCAGACACCGAAUGGUACAGGAAUAUCUGGACAGUCUUCAGAACCACCAAAUAUCCAAGGACGGGUCACCUCGCUGCACAGUGGGAAGCGGUCCCCACUCGCUCAAUGAUUUUCCGACAGACAACGUGAGUGAAUUUGACACCUCAGACUCUGGGGACAUGAGUUAUUCAGAACGACUGCUGCGCGUCCUAGAGAGCCGUAGAUCCCGGCGUCAUCGCCCUCGCUCUUCCAAUAUCGACGGGGAGGACACGCCUACUCGGUAUCGACCUUCUGCCCUCAGUGCCCUGGACGUCUUUCUAACAACGUUGUCGCGGUACCGAGGUGGACAGCAAUUUGAAGGCGACCCUCCUCGGGACCCGACACCCCCACCUCUCCCUCAAGAUAGCGAGGACAACGUGACGGUGCAGGUGAAAACUGGGCCGCGACAGCACGAUGUCCGCGUCAGCUCGAGACGCCAGGUUCGCCUAGUGGUCAACGUGGGAAACCCCGCAAGAGCAUCCGACUCUGGCUGUGUGGCUGACUCAUCGCAAUCGGAACGCAAAGUCAAGCGCACAGGUCCCGUGGGUGGAGGCUCACCUACAGGUCGCAGGCGACCCACGAGAAAUGUGAGCGAGACCCGAGCUCCUCCUAGUCACGCUCGAGCCAAUGCAGCAUCUGACCCUGAGGUUGAUCAGCUAUUGUCUGACGUUAGAGAAUACCUCAACAAAAAACUCAGGCAAAGCGGUGCAGAGGAGAGCGGGGACCAGGUGCCACCCGAGGGUAUCGUCGUGGAAGGUAAUAAUAUUGAAAAGUGUUUCACGGAGCGACCACCAGGAGGCGGACGGGCUAGACUUUAUCCAAAACAUCGGCCAAAGCAAGACGAGCGGAGACAAAGGAUGGCGGCAGAUCCCAUGCAGAAGGAGAGGCAGAGGAUCCAACAGUCCAUUCACGCCAUAAAUGCGCUUCUGAAGCAAUAUUCCUGAGACCUUUGUCGAUUCAAAGAGCAAUAACCGCCGCCAAUAUAUCUGAAAAAAGGAACAGAUUAGCAUAUAUUGGAUACUUUGAACCUUUUUAUAAUUUUCCACAAUAUAUCUUAAAUGUAUAUCUCCUCCGUCCAGACCUUCUCAGCAAUUACUCCAGCCUCUUUUUGGUGAAACUGAAUGAUCUUACGUGAAAGUUUUUACCUCUAUGGGUGUCACAUUACCUUCUUGGGUUUAUCUUUAUAUACUCAAUAAACUCGACUGAUGAAAUGUAAAUAAAAAUUGUGGAUAUGUGUAUAUAUAAAUUAAAAUUAUCCGUCCCAUUGCAUAGACUAUAUACUGUACAAUGUAUACAUACAACACUUUGUGUUAUCCGUAUCCAUGUUGACAAAUGUAGAAAAUGUGUG